AUGCAUAAACUCAAGUUGAAGAACAAACAGCCUCCGCCGCGCAAUGAGCCAACUCUACAGCCGGUUAAUGGCAUCGUGCAGCCGCCAGUCAUUCCGCCGCCGAAUCGUCCUGGCCGCAGGACCAAUGUGCUGGAGGAUCUCAAGUCCGUGCUGAACUUCAUCUGGCGCAGUCGCUGUUCCUAUCACUUUCGCCAUCCCGUCGAUGCGGUGAGCCUGGGUGUGCCCGACUACCAUGCGGUGGUCAAGCAUCCGAUGGACUUGAGUACGAUCAGGAAGCGGCUGCACAACAACUACUACUGGCAGGCGAGCGAGGCUCUGGAGGAUUUCAAGCUGAUAUUCGAGAACUGCAUGAUGUACAAUCUGGAGGGCUCACCGGUUCAUCAGGCGGGUAAGGACCUGAAGGAGGCCUUCAACACGCGCCUGGCCUCCAUCGAUUUGAGCAAGGAGGUGGAACUAAAGCCGAAAUCCGAAAAGCGCAAGAGAAAAGCUACCGACUCGCUGGAUGCGGGCACGACUCCAAUGGCGCCACCACCACCUCGAGCUGCGAGUAAUUAUCCUGGCCACUGGCCCUCAGGUCGUUCCCCAUGGCACUGCCCUCCAGCGAUUCCUGGGGUGCCAGCGUUCCGAAAUUUCGUGCCUCCCAACUUGAUUCCAUCGUUUAUGCCCGACUCCUUGGUGAAUCCCGUGACAUCUAUGCUUCCGAUUUCAACAAUGAUGAAUCCGAUAUUCAAGAAUACUUGGGAGGUAAAAAGGGCAGUGGAUCCACCGCCUGAGCAACCGGCCACAUCGCAGGUUGCCUUCCGUCCCAUUGUCUUGCCACCACCCUUGACUUCAUCGCCAAUCGAACCCAUCAUGAUGCCCUUGCCCAAGUGGCCAACGCCACCACCAGCUGAGCCGCCAGCUCCAUCGCCAUUACCGCCUCCAAAGCCCACGCCACCCGUUAUCAUCUGCUACAAGUCUCUGGACCGAUUGAUUGAGAAGAGCCACUCGGAUCAUCUUCUGAAGUCGAUGGUGAAGCGAAAGCGCAAGCAGAUUACUUGGGCUUUUAAUCACGCUGACUACUGGCGAAGAUACUCCCAGAAUCCGGACUACGACCACGAUCGCGAAGAGAAGCUCGAUUGGAAGAUACUCCAGGAGCGCUUGGACUCCGAUAAUUUCGAGAGCUUUGAUGGAUUCGUUAGCUCUGUGCGAAAGAUGUUCCAGAACGCAUUGCGUUGCUUUCCGGAAGACGGAUUGGUCAAGACUUCGGUGAAGAAAACCAAUGAGAUCUUUGAGAAAAGGCUGCCCAAGUACAAGGAGUUGAUUGCCACGGCCAAGGACAAGGGACGUGUACUGGUGGCCAGCAAGGAAAAGGAUUUUCGUGCCGCGGAAACCCUGAACAUUAAACAAGAAAAGGUGGAUCAGAAGACUGAAAACGCUUCGAUUCCAAAACCAGUAGUCAUUAAAACGGAGCCAAUGGAUGCAACAGAACAGGAAGUGGUCAAUAUGGAGCCUAAGGACUUACAACAAAAAGUGGUUGCUAGUACGCAGCCGCUGGAUGAACCAUCCAAUGCUGGCGAUCAAAGUGCGACGUUUUCUCGCAUGGAAAUCAGUUCUAUAAAUGCGUAAAUGCUAAUUCCGUUCACAGUAUUAUGGUAUUAUUUAAUGUAAGUUAUCUAGUCAAUAAUAAUAAUAAACGCCUUAUCACGAAGUAAUAACAUUUAAUAGUUAAAUUCCUAUUUAAAAUAAAACGGUCAAGCACCAAGGCGCCA